AUCUGUGGCCCGUAUGUUUCGCCUCUCUCUCUCUGCUUCCCUCCUCCGUCUUCCUCAGAUUCCCUGCUCCGUUCUUCUCACAUCUUAAUGGCGGAAACCUCUACUCUAUGCCUCUCUCCUUUCUCUUCCCUUCCUUUUAUUUCUCGCUCCAGGGAAUUCAAUUCUUCCGUUUUCUCUUCGCCUAAAUUCUCCAUAAUUCCUCGUCCUCCUCGAUCCUCCUGCUUCCUACGCUUCACCGUCAAAGCCUCGGACUCCGGCGACGAACCUUUCAGUUUCUUUCCUUGGUCCGAUGCCGACGGAGCAAUUGAAUGGGUUCCGGAGGAGAGAGUUACUCUGUUCACGGCUGAAGGGCUCGUUCAAAUAGGAGGCUCCCUGGUUCCUCGUCGAGUGUCUUCUGCAGAUAAGAAGCUAGGGAGAUCAAAGAUUUCACAAAGAUAUCAGCGGUUUCAAGAGAGUGAUUACAUGGACCCGAAUCAGGGUCUGUGCCUAGGUGCACUUUUUGAUAUCGCGGCAACAAAUGGACUUGAUACAGGCAGAAGGCUUUGUAUAUAUGGAUUCUGCCGUUCGAUUGAGAUGCUUAGUGAUGUUGUGGAAGAUACUGUCCUAGAGCAUGGUGGGGAGGUUGUUGCUGCCGAGAAAGCAAGCAAAGGUGGUUUACAUGAAAAACUUACAAUGACAGUUGCAGUACCUUAUCUUUGGGGUGUGCCUCCUGUUUCGGAAACUCUUCACCUUGCUGUUCAGAGUGGUGGAGGGAUUGUAGAGAAGGUCUACUGGCAAUGGGACUUUUUAUAGAUGAAAUCUCAAAACCUUCUGAUUGUCAUUGGUGGGUUCUGUACAUAUAAUUGGUUCUGUUCUCCCAAUGUACAAAAUAAAAAAAUGCUGUGAUCAUUGGUGUAAUCAAGUUCAGCUGAUAGUUUAAUGUGUACAUGUAAUUGAUAUCUGCAACUUGAUUUCAGUAUAUAACUAAUGUCUGCAUCUCUCUGUUUCAUCAAACAUGUA